GUGAUACGUGACGCCCGUACGUGCGUCUGCGUGAAUAGCGUCCGCACGUGUAUCGUGAUAUAGGCUUUAUUUGAUCGAACCUUUUGUAAACAGUUACUUAAACGUUACUUAAAACGGAUAAAGAGUAGAUCGAGGAGCCGACGGAGUAGCAACGACUUUUGAUCAUUUGAAAGUGAAUCUUGGUUAUAAGAAAAUAAGGAUAUAAAUAUUAAUGACAAACGAAUGAAGCGAACGAUUAAAAUUAAAUAAAGGAUAAUUAAAAUAAAUAGCAUAGUGUUUAAAAUAAAAUAAAAAUCUGAUUAUGGUGACAUAAGUGAGCAACAUUGAAACAGUGAUCCAAAUGAGAUUAUGUGAAUUAUGUAACUUUUGAAACACAUAGUGGUAAGAUAAAUAUAUUAAAAUGGUGUUUACUAGUCACGCUAUAGCAGGCAGUAUAGUUUCUUAAAAGCAAAAUGUGAAUAAAGAAGUUUGUUCUGGAAAACGCGUCUUCAAUAAUGGCUUCCUGGUUGUGGAUAGCAGCACUGCUAUGUGGAGGUCAUGCUGCAGUGCUUCCGCCACCCUGGGCGGAUGUCAGAAGGAACCCCUGCGCGUCGCAUCCGCGCGGCUGGCUGAUGCUGUACUGGCCUUCGGAUGGGAAAUGCUAUACUAUUUACAAGAAAGGCCACCCAUGUCCAGAAACCCAAGAGCUGAGUCCAGGGCGCUUAGGCGGGCGGACGGUCGCGGAGUGCAAGUGCCCUCCUGGCACAGCCCAGCUGCCCCACACGAAAACGUGCCAUAAGCUUUUCGAGCGGGGACCUUGCCGAGCUGGCGAGUACUUCGCACCGGUCGAAGAGUCCUUUAACAUGCGAGGUGAACGGCAAGGUAUGUGCGUGAGGCCGCAGCAAUGCGCGGACGAGUCCUUGCUCUACUGGCCGCCUGACGGUCGCUGCUACUACAGGCUGACUCAGGGUCCAUGCUAUCCUGGCACCAUAUUGGAUUUGGGGGGUGACGGACUCGCUUAUUGCACGUGCUUACCAGAUAGUCCUCACUAUUGGGAAGUAGACGGCAGCUGCUACGCUCACUACUCUCGAGGACCGUGUGAACGCGGACAGUUGUUCUUGCCCGGGGCCCGCUGCGGCUGUGAACCCCAACUGCCACAGUACCAUAACGACACUUCUGGGUGCUAUGAACUUGAUUCACUUGGCCCCUGCGCCAAAGGUCACGUAUUCGGGAUAACCGAAGUGUCAGGCAACGGGUCACGCGCUGAGUGCAAAUGCAAGAACUUCCACGCACGCGCACCAGACGGGGCUUGCUACAGGCUCUAUACGAGAGGGCCUUGUGGGCAGGAUGAAAUGAUUUCAAGAGGUGGACGAUGUGUCAAGGUACCUUGCGGAAGGGGUCGCUUGUACGUUCCAGAGAGGCGACGAUGCUAUCGACCUGGUGCAGCUGAACCUUGCCGAGUUGGGGAGCAUCUGGCUUUUGACUUCGAUGCGAGACCAGCGUUGGAUGGACUUAGCCAUAACGGAGUUUGUGUUUGUGAGAACCAACACUGUGCUAGGAAAGAGAUGUCAUCAUGUACGUCUCGAAAAGGAACAGCCAUAUUCAGCGGAGCCUGCCAUAUCCUCUACACACAGGGCCCGUGUUCCAGUGGCUCCUGGCUUACUAGAGAUAGUAAUGGACAGAUAAAAUGCCAGUGUAGACCUGGCUUUAAUUGUACUAAACAAAUCACGAAUAGUUGACGGUAAUUUACCUUCCAUUAUAUUAAGAUUAAAGCUAGAGAAAAAUUGGUCUCAAGGUGGGAGAAUUGGUGUGUAACCUUGUCCCGUGUUUCCAAUGUUAGUUGACAUCAGACAUAGCUGUAAUUUUUCAAUAGACUAUUUGUCUAUGACGUGCUACGUGUAAGUUCUAAGGAAUAACUGGUCACACGAGUAGCAUAAUCUACGAACAUCCCCUCCACCCUCCCAUGUCGAUCUGGACAUUAUUUGUUACGGGUACUAAUCAGCACUAGUGAGUGGGUUAUAAGAUGACUACAUAAAUACUUAUACAAAAUGUUACACCCUGACUCUGAAAAACAUUCAUGUUCAUAUCACAAAUAUUUUCCAGUUGUGGUAAUCGAACCCACAGCUUUGGACUCAGAAAGCAGGGUCGCUUGACGCUGCACCAAUUUGCGUGUGAUUGCGUUUCAUACGAUAAGUGUGUUUCUAUUGCAUAUUUUUACAUGUAAAAACCAGAAUGCUUUGGAUACAUAGUAUACGUGGGAUUAGUUUGUCUCUAGAAUAAUAAUAUAAUGUGUCCUCAAAGCCCCAUGAAAGGUCCAUGUAUUUAAAAAAGCAAAUUUGCCCUGAAGAUUUUUAUGUAAAUGUGUGUCAUCUACAUAGAUGCCUAGCUUUUGCCCGCGGCUUCGUUCA